CGGAGCUGGGAGGGUUGGGCUAGAUCCGCCCGCUCCCGGGGGCGGGAGGGCGGGGAGUGGGGGGCAGUACGCGGUCCUUGGCCGUCGUGCGGGUGGGCACGGAGCAGGCCGCACGGGGCAGUACCCCACUCCCACCUGGAGGCCCUCUGCCCUCUUUUCCCUUUCCCCCCAGUCCCUGGUGCGAGGCUGGGAGCCGCCGCCCGGGCCGGACCGCGCUGUCUGUGAAGGGCAAAGAUCAGGAGCCAUGCCUCCUAGUAAAGAGGCCAGUAGUCUUCACAGCUCACCAGCAGGGCUCAUCUGCCUCCCUCCAAUCUCUGAGGAGCUACAGCUGGUAUGGACCCAAGCAGCCCAGACCAGUGAGCUGGACAGCAAUGAACACCUGCUGCAAACCUUCAGCUACUUUCCCUAUCCCAGUCUAGCAGACAUUGCCCUUCUCUGCCUACGUUAUGGGCUGCAGAUGGAAAAAGUCAAAACAUGGUUCAUGGCCCAGCGCCUCCGCUGUGGCAUUAGCUGGUCAUCUGAAGAAAUAGAAGAGACCCGAGCCCGAGUGGUCUACCAUCAAGACCAACUCCAUUUCAAAUCUCUUCUGUCUUUUACUCAUCAUGCAGUACGGCCCCCAGAGGAGGUACCAUCUUCUCAAAUGCCACCUACAGAGCAAGGUGGCCUUGGAAUAGGUCCUCUGACUCUCAGUGAGCCCACCCAGAUAAAAGGACUGAAGGUAGAACCUGAAGAGUCCUCUCAGAAUCUGCCACUGCCACCAAGUCACCAGAAAGGAAAGGAACCCCCUUUGACACCUGGCAGUGGAGCAUUCUCUCAUCAAACAGAUUUUUGGCAGAAUCAUCAAAGUAGUAGCCUCUCUAAGGAGCAGGCAGGCAAGGGUCCCAACCACUCACAUGGCAUAGGUACUAUUUCCUGGAACCACUCCACGGCUGCCCACCAGCCACGCUCUCGGGAUAAACCUCCACAAGUCUCAUCGCUGGCCAGUAGUUGUAAGGAGACUGCAACUCGUGUGACUUCUUCUUCCUCUACCUCUUCUUCCUCCUUCCAGGUACUAGCUAAUGGAGCUACUGCCAAUCCUAAACCCCUCCAGCCACUAGGCUGUGUCUCACAGUCACCGUCACCCAGUAAACAGGCACAGCCUCCACCCAUGGAAGCAAGCUGGUCCCAAAGGCUACGGCCUAACUCCCUAGCCGGUAGGGCCAGCCCCACGGGAUACCUUUCCCCUGAUAUGCAACACCAGCGAAAGAUUAAGCGCAAAACCAAAGAGCAGUUGGCAAUCCUCAAAUCUUUCUUUCUACAGUGCCAGUGGGCACGGCGUGAGGAUUACCAUAAGUUGGAACAGAUCACGGGUUUACCUAGGCCUGAGAUCAUUCAGUGGUUUGGUGAUACACGCUAUGCCUUGAAGCAUGGGCAACUAAAAUGGUUUCGAGACAAUGCAGUACCUGGUGCCCCUAGUUUCCAAGACCCAGCGACUCCCACACCACCAUCAACUCGCUCCUUGAAAGAAUGGGCCAAGACCCCACCUCUGCCGGCACCCCCACCUCCACCAGAUAUCAGACCCUUGGAGAAGUACUGGGCAGCCCAUCAUCAGCUUUGGGAAACUGAUGUCCCUCAGCUGUGCCGGGCGUCAAGGCUGAGCGCCCAGCAGGUGCGGGAUUGGUUUGACUCUCAGUUACAGGAGCCAGCUGAGGUGGUGGUUUGUUUAGAUGAAGAAGAGGAAGAGGAAGAAGAAGAACUGCCAGAAGAUGAUGAGGAGGAGGAGGAGGAAGAGGAGGAGGAUGAUGUGAUUAUACAGGACUGAGUGGGGGACUAAGGAAAGGGAAAAGUUUGUUACUAAAGGAUGAACUGACUUAGUAACUGUUUAAACAAAGAAACCACAUUUUAAAAAUUACUUUGUGGCAAAGAACUAAAAAGCUUGGUGAAGCUUGGUGUUCUUCAGGGUGGUGAUGGGGAUGUAGUAAGCUGAGGGUGGAUGGGGAGGAUACCAGAAAGUCCUCUAGCCUUAAAAGUAGAGAGGGCUAAAGAUCAGACAAUGAGCCAGGAAGUGGCUCACGAGCUCCUUUUUUCUGGUAUUAUUCUCCUCUAGCGUUCUAGAGGCCAGGCCUCAUCCCCACAUCUACAGGAGAAACAGAAAAGGAGGAGUAAAGAUCUAUAAUUCAGUUGAUUCUAGUGCAUCCUAAUCCAAUCAUUUUCCUUGGAUCGCAUCCUUCCCUUCUGGGCACAGUGCGUUAUCCCAGCCUGCCUCAGAUACUUCCUGUCUCUCAGACCAGGUUGAUAAUUGCGUUUCACUUGCUUCAUUGAAUCACGGGUAGCAAAAUGUUCUCAUUUCUGAUACUGGGACCACUUUGCCUCCUACUUUUUUAAUGCUACAAAACGCCCUCUUUGUUCACUAUUUGUCUCAGGGUAAAUCUUUCCCACAGUCUUGACAAAGUUUAGAAAUUGCGUGUAAAUACUUAGUCUAGAUAGCUGUUGAAAGUGGGAAUUAGGGGAGAUGUCUUUUACAAAAAUAAAAUUACAUUACAGAGUGAUGGAAAAGGGACAGUUCUGGCAAAGGGUGGUAAAGUAGUACCAUAUUUGGUUUUACAAACCUGACACUACCUCCUGUCUAGCUUGACAGAGACUGAUUUAUCAGGUUUUUUUUUAAUGUUUAAUCUGUGACCAAAAAAAAAAAAAAGACUUUUUCCUCUCUAUAGGAUCUGUCUGGGGCACAGAGGGCCCAUAGUCUUUAACUGAAUUAUGAUGUUUUAGAAUGGUUUUCAUCAGUUGAGAUUAUAAAAACAAACAUAUUAGUUAACUUUCUAAAAAUAAGAGUGGAAACCCUGCAUUCCUAGAAGAUAAUAAAAAGGCCCCAAAUUAAAUUGUUUCUUUUCCACUUUGCUACUCUUAGCACUUAGAGAUGAAGUCAAAUCCAUUAAUAUUUUUAAUUUACGGGCCAGCGUGUGACUUGGUGGUAGACCACUUGCCUAGCCUAUAUGAGGCCCUGGAUUGGAUUCCUAUCAUCAAUUAGAAUUUUUUUCUGAUGUAGUGUACUUUUUAUUAUUUGAAGGGAAAGGCUUUGUUGAGGUAUAUUAAAAGAACAAAAACUAUAAGGCAGUAGGUCAGCAUCUGUCACCACAUACAUUGUUUCAUUGUUUACAGAAGUCACAUGAGAAUGAUUAAAGUUUCUGAGGCUUCAACAGAGAGAGAAAGAAGGUCUGUAGAUAACUCUACUUAUUCAACCCACUAGAGCUUUUAAUAGUAACAGGUGCAACUGAGGAUUUAGCUCAGUGGCAUAAGCACCUGCCUGGCAAGUGUGAGGUCAUGAGUUCAAUCCCCAGUACCACAAAAAAAAAAGGAAAAAAAGUAAUAGGUGCAAUAAUAAAGGGGCACCUUCUUUGUUAUCUACAGAGUUUAGUAAAUGGGAAAUCUCCAUCUCCAAAUAUUUCUAGCAAAGGAAAAAUCAACAUAUUUAGUGCUGGGGACAUAGCUCAGCAGCAUAGUGCCUGCCUGGUAAGUGUGAGAUCAUGAGUUUGAUUCGUGGUAUCAAAGAAAACCAAAAAACAUUUAACAGUAACCAGGCACACAGGCAACAAUAGAUAAAUAGGAAGAGUAUACAAGGAACAGAGAGCUGCUGCUUGCUAACAUUAGCAAUGGGGCAGUAUAUCCAAAGCUAAAAAAUGAAGUCUAGAAACAAAACAAAUUGAGUAUAUUUCCAAUCUCUCAAGCAUGAUGCCAGGAAUUACUGUUACAACUUAAGUUUCAUAGUGUAGUACAUGAAAGGAGCUACAUAUGCCCAGGGAGAGUUAAAACAUCUUCCUGAAGCACUAACCUUAUGUAAGACUUGACUACUUUCCUAGGAGGGAAUACAGGAUGGACAGGGAAAAGCUACAGAAUGAGUAAGGUACAGAGUGAAACCAGGAGACAAAGUAGAGGUUCGUUUUCCUAGGCCAUCUCCUUGGACCGGUGCGGGAUGCUAUUAAGUCCAGCUUUCAGUAGUAUGUACAGAUCGGACUUCGAUGAUGGUCUAUCUAGAGGUGGAGUGGCCUUCUCUCUCUCUGGUUGAUCCCAUCUGCCUCUGUUGGUAAAGAGUCUGCAACAGAUGGCAGGAAGGCAGAUUUGAGUGUUUAUAGCAAAAAUGGCUAGUAAGACCCUGGCAAGCCAUAUAUGAAGUUCAUCAGAACAUAACCAUGGUUGCUUUCCCGAGAUUUUUCCUACUGCAUAAUGAUCAGUUACAGAUAAAGAUAAUGCAUCUUGUGAGACAGGCUUGUUGCUUACAGAACUGAAAUAUUUCAGUGGCUAAAGGUGACAGUAGUGGUUUAUGACACUAAUAUUUGAAAAUCAAACUAUUUUGGAAGAUCUAGAACAUGUGAUUACCAUGCCCAGAGAUGAUUAUCAGGGAAACAGAAUUCUUAUGCCUCCAAGGAAGUACUUUCCUCAAUAACUAUUUUUUAAAAAGGCAAACUAGAAUAAUGAACUCAUAUACCCAUCACCUAACUUCAACAAAUAACUCAUGCCCAAUUUUCUAUUUCUACUUGCCAUUGAUCCUAUCUACCAAAUUAUACUAAAAUAACAUCUGGAUAUCAUUAAUUUUCCAUUAAUAAAAUUUUGUAUGCAUCUACAAAAUAAAAAAACAGUAUCGUGCCUAAACAAUGCCCAGUCUUUAAUAACAAAUGUCCAAUACACAUUUGAUAUCCCUCAACUAUCUAAUAGUAUACUUUUUUCUUCAAUAGGAUUUUAUUGGUACAUUUUAGACUUUUUUCUCUUUUGUCUUUUUGAGACAAGAUUCACUAUGCAGUUCAGGCUGGCCUUGAACUCAAUUUGUAGCCCAGGCUGACCUCAAACUCAUAGCAAUCCUCCUACCUCAGCCUCCCAAGCACUAGAUUACAGGCAGGCACUACCACUCCAUUCCUUUGGGAAUGUGAACUUACCUUUUUAAAAAUAUUUAUUUAUUUAUAUUUUACAUAUAUAUAAUAAUCACAUUCAUCAUAGAGAAUUUGUACCUGUACAUAAUAUAACUUGAUUUUUUUUCCCAUUUCUCUGUCUGCCCUUCAACCCCUUCUCCCCUCCCCAUUUAUUUAUAUUUUUUUACUUUUCUCUUAUUUCCUCUCUUACCUCUUUUGUUUUCCUCCCCAUUUUAAUAUUUUUGUCCUAUUUCACAACAUCUAAUAUGCAUUUGGGGCCUUAUUUCUGUUUUCAGCUUCUCAUACCAGAAAAACAAUGUAUUAUAUAUGUAUGUCUAAUUUAUUUCACUUAAGAGUAGAUCUCAAGGUGCAUCCAUUUACCUAGGAAAGUCUCAAGCGUAUCUUCCUUUAUGGCAGAGUAGUACUCCACUGUACUUAAAAAAAAUCAUCUUUAUCCACUCACCAGCUUAUAGGCAUUUGGGCUAUUUUUUCUUUUUUUUUUUGUCUUUUUGAUUUUUAUCGGUACCGGGGAUUGAACUCACGACCGCCUGCUUGCAAGGCAGGUGCUUAUGCUGCUGAGCUAAAUCCCCAGCCCCCUAUUUUUUCAAUGGAAUUUUUUAACAGCUUUGAAAAAAUCAAGAUCCGGGCUGGGGGUUUAGCUUAGCAGCACAAGUGCCUGCCUGGCAAGUUUGAGGUCAUGAGUUCAAUCCCCAGUACCAAAACAUAAAUAAAAAUCAAGCUCUAAUAUCCUCAAAACCGAAGUCAUAAAAAUUGAAAGGCAAGAUCAGACUUUUCCUUUAAUAGAGGCUUUAGCAAACUUCUCAUUGCCAUGUUCUUUUCCUUUUGUUGCCUGGAUAAAAACCAUACUCCCAUAAAUUUACAAAGCAUUAUUCUACCUAUCUGGAGAAAUGUGAUUUUUCUUAAUUCAAAUAGUACCUUCACCCAAAAGGUACAGUCCACUGAAAAUUCUUUGUUGUAGAACUACUGGAAAGUGUCACUCUGCCACUGAUUAAAACCUCUUGGUUGAAAUCUUACUUCCACUUGACUUUAAUUUAAAAACUCCAAACAGGGUGUGAUGGUACAUGCCUAUAAUCGUAGCAUUUGGGAGGCUAAGUCAGAAAGAUUGCUGCUAGUUCAAGGCUAGUCUGAACUACAUAGAGAGGCCUUGCCUCAAAAAACAAAACAAAAUCCCACGAACUACAAAGCUAUAUUUAACCAUUUAGGAAGCUGAGGCAGAAAGAUCACUAGUUCAAGGCCAGCCGGAGCAAUUUAGUGAGAGUUUGUCUAAAAAGGGGCUGGAAAUGUAGCUCAGUGCUAGAGCACUUUCUACCAUGUAUAAAGCCCUAAAUUCAAUCCCCAGUAUCACACACACAAAUUUUAAAGUAAAAGUCCCAAACCAGGAACAUAAUCUGACAGUACGACAGAACCUUUGAAAAUGAGCAAGGAGCCGGACAUAGUGGUAUACAUUUGUAGUCUCAGCACGUGGAAUAUAGGAUUAUUGCCACAAGUCAGGGCCAGCCUGAACUACAUAGCAAGACUCUGUUUCAAAGACAAAACAAGGAUAGCAUGGUAAAAACAUGUUUACUAGAUCUGAAACCCAUUUCACUCUGCACUGAUUACAUUCUACCACACUUUAACUAAACCAGAAGGCUUGUAGUGUGUUGGCCCAACCAUGUGAGUUUUUGUGCAUAGGUAAGUUAGACUAGCAAGGCCUUACCUGCAUGACUGGUAGUUGAAAGCCAGAAAAACUCUCUAGAGGCGUUCUGUUCUCCCUUUGACCUGAUGACAAGGAAAUGGUGACAAUUUGGGCAGUUGCUCAGCAGUGCCACAUAUUAUGGUCAGGGUCGCUAGGUAGUUCCUAAAUCAAAGGAACACUACUCAAAAAGGAAAAGACUAUUAGCUAAGCAAUAUCAGAGAUAUUUAUAAUCAUAAGGUCCAUUAUUACCUGUGAAGAUGGGAUGUCAACAAAGCCACCUGAGAUUUGAGUUUAGCUAUGAAUGGAAAUAUGAAAGAUAGUGGCACCUUAGCAAGAGGGCUAGUAGCAGAGGUACUCUUACUUUAAAAGAUGGAGACAAAAAAAAGGUGUUGAUUUUAUACAACUCACAAUUGAGCUCCCAGCAUGUUCAAAAUAAGUAUGUUUAACAUAGAGAUCUAAAAAAAAAAGCCAGUUUGUUCCAAUUCUGUAGAUCAAUCUGGCUCAACAGUAGAAUUCAACUGGUGACGUGAUGAGUGUUAUCCAGGUAAAAUCUCUCCACUGUAAAGGAAAUAGGGUAAUUCUUUUUUUUUUUUUUUUCUUUUUCCUUUUUAUCGGUACCAGGGAUCGAACUCAUGUCUGCCUGCUUGCAAGGCAGGCGCUUAUGCUGCUGAGCUAAGUCCCUAGCCCCCACCUUGGAAAUCUUAAUUGUAGUUUGUGUCAGUAGUUAACGUGCGGGACAACUCCAGUAACUCCCCUUGAAUGCAAAAAAUUACUUUGCCUUUUUGAUUAUUUGGAGACUUAUUUCCUUAUACUGAUAUGUAAAAAGCUGGCUAGGGUAUUUCCUUCCCUCUUCAAUGGGCUCUAAGCAUUGCAAAUAAAGCUAGCUGAGCUGCUGUAUAUAAUCUCUAAAUUCAGCAGACAGUCUUGUUUCCUCACAUAGUGUUCUUCAUAUAGGAUAUGUACAGGAUAUGAGCACAGUGGGAUGCUAGAGCCAAUAGCUCCAAAAAUGUCAACUGAGUAUGAGCCUCAAGAUAAAGAGGCUAUAACUUCUCAGGGCACAAGAGUUUACAUAUCAGAAACUGAAGUGAUAGCCCCCCCCCCCCAAAGAAUUCCGUUGUUACCUUAAUUAGAUUGUAUAAAUUGAUCCUUCUGCAUAUCUUUAUCUCUGCAAUUUACAGAGAUGCCAUUCUUCCACCUGGCCAGCCAGCUCAAGUUACAUAAUUCCCACCAACAUCACUGUCACUCAUCCUUGAGCCACCCCCCCCCCCCUUCUUCACAAGAUAAUAAAUUCUGGGAGAGGACUAGGAUCAAGGCCUUUGUCCACAUGACCUCACAAGGAGGAUUAGACUAAAAACCCCUUGGAUGCCCUUAACUUGGAAUAUGUUUUGGUGUCUUUACUCUCCCCAUGGGUUGCAUUGGUGGUGGUAGAAGAUUAAAAUUAACUUGCUGGGAUUCUAAUAACGUCUCAAUGGGAUUACAAAUAUAAUUUUUUGGAUUGUGAGGAAAACUAAAACUAAAGAGGAUUACAAUACUUAGAUGACUAAACUCGAUAUUUGGGAUUACAAUAGUUAAAACUCUACUCAUUGAGAAUAGUUAAAACUUACCAGGAUUGCUGGGGUUAAGGACUCUUGUGUGGCCUGACUCUCCAUUAAAUGGUCUGAAAAAAAAAGUCCCCUGCCCGGAGGAGGCAGAUGAAGUUCUAAGGAAAAGAAAUAAAAACAUAAGCAGAGAAAAGGAAGCAUAAAAGUAAAAUCCAUAUGCAAUGAAGGGCCUAAACAUUUAGGUCAGAGAGGAAAAAAAAUUCUUUGCUUGUAAAAACAAAACUAAUUCAGAUGUACAUUAAUACAAUGCUAUUCAACCAUCUCUUUUAUUUGUAAAGCAAAUUAUAAACUUUAAUGGUAUAGAACAAUGGAGAAGUAACCCUAGUAGAGUGUCAGUGUGAACAGAUCCUCAGAGAGAGGAAGCAUGAUGCUACUCACCUAUAAGGCAGGCUGUGAGUUGAAGCUGGUGAGGGAGUUUCUAGAAAAUAUAAAAUUUGCCUGUAUGAUAAUCCAGGAACCAGAAAAGAGAUUCAAGAUACUAGGGGCCAGAACAAAAGUAAUGGGGAUCAAAAACUCAGUGUAUAUGUUAGGAUUAGGGGCCAAUAGUGAGUAACAGGCUUACAAGGCACAUAGCAAUACCUCACAAAGGUGCUUUCUCCUCCAUUUCAGGAGUCUGCAGAUCACGAUCCAUUACUAUCUUGAUGUGCUCUAAUGUACCUGUGUUGGUUUCCCCUUUAAGAUGGGAGAUUACCAGAAAGUACAACUAAAGACUAAAGUCGUUAAAUUAGCUAGUCAUUAAAUUAACCAAGAUGUGGGACAGAGCACUGUAAAUUAUUUCUUCCAUAAGAGCAGUGACAAGUAUACAUAAGAGCAGGCAUGAAGUAUACAGCUCUAAUCCUAGCACUCUGGAAAGCUGAAAAGGAUCACAAGUUUGAGCCUAACUUGAGCAAUUUAUCAACAUACAUACACAGUUCAAAAAAAAUUUUUUUAAGGUUUCCAUUUCACUCCAGAAAGAAUGGCUGUCAUCAAGAAAUCAAACAAUAACAAAUGCUGAUGAGGCUACGGGAAAAAAAGAACCCUUCUAUACUGUUAGUGGGAAUAUAAACUAAUAUAGCCACUAUGGAAAUCAGUAUAGAGAUUCCUCAAAGUAAAAAUAGAAAUUCCAUUCAACCUGAUUAUUCCCUUCUGGAUGUCUUUCUGAAAACGGUAAUGUCAUCAUAUUACAGUGAUACAUGCAUUCCCAUAUUUAUAGCAGCACAAUUCAUAAUAACUAAAUCUUAGACAUAGGCUAUAUGUCCAUCAAUAGAUAAAUGGAUGGAAAAAAUGUGGUAUUUUAAAAAAAAUUUUUUUUUAAAAUCAAUACCAGGGAUCGAACUAAUGACUGCCCGCUUGCAAGGCAGGCGCUUGUGCCGCUGAGCCAAAUCCCCAGCCUCAAAAUGUGGUAUUUCUACACAAUGGAGUACUACUUUGCUAUAAAGAAAGAUACAUUUAUAGGAAAAUGGAUGUACCUUGAGACCACAAUGUUAAGGGAAAUAAAUCAGACAUAGAAGAAUAAAUAUUGUAUAGUUUCACUUAUAUGGGAAACCCCAAGUAUACAUAGAGAGUAAAAUAAAAAGUAAACAAUAAGAAACAAAAAGACAGAUCUUUUGCAAAUGGGAAGGGCACCAAGAAAUGAAGGGAGGCGAGAACAAGGAGAGGCAAUAUGGAUAUAAAAAUAAGAUGUAUUAUGUACAUGAACCAACUCCCCACAAUUAAUGUGAUCACUACGUACUUCAAACAUGUGGUAAUAAAAGUAGAACCCUGGGUUCAGUCCCCAGCACACAAAUAAACACUUGGCACUGUGGAAAAAAAAUAGAUUCUCUUAUAGACAGCACAUAGUUGAACCUGUCUUUUGUAAAAUAAAUAUGAAAAAGAUUCCACAAAUAAUGUGCAUCUACUCAAUGCAUUUGAUAUUUCAUGGGUAAAUGUGCUAAAUUUUCUUGAAAAGAUGUUACUGUCCUGAAUAAAUUUACUAGAAAAACAAAACUGCAGACUUGCUAAGGUAGAUUAAGCCUAAAGAAAGUACAUAUGAGAUUUAUUAAAAAUAUAAAAGCAUAAUUUCAUAGUUUCAAAUCUCAACUGCUAUAGAGAGUAGAUCAACUAGUAUGUGAUCAUCACGAUUGUUCUGUUCAGGGAGACAAAAGAUGGUGCAGGAAAGAAUGGUGUUGCUAAGAAAAGGGAUGAUAUAGAAGGUCUGUAUUUAAUUGGAGAGUUUAAUCCAUUUGCAUGUAAUGUAAUUACUGAUGAAGAAGAACUUUUGUCAUUUAGCUAUUUGUUUUCCAUAUGUCUGAAGUAUUUUUAUUGAUGUUUUAUUUUUUUGCUUUGUUUUGGUACUGGGAAUUGAACUCAGAACCCUGCACAUACCAGGAAGGCAUUGCAUCACUCAGCUAAAUCCUCAGCCCAGUUUUGUUUUGUUUUUUGGUACCAGGGAUUGAACUCACCACCUCAAGCUUACCAAGCAGGCACUUAUGCCACUGAGUUAAAUCCCUGGCCCUUGGUUUUGUUUUUUGGUACUGGGGAUUGAACUCAUGACCUUGCACCUGCCAGGCAGGUGGUUAUGCUACUGAACCAAAUCUCCAGCCGCUCUGUUUUUUUUUUUUUUUUUUGUCUUUUUGAGACAGGGUCUCACUAUGCGGUUCAGGCUGGCCUUGAGCUCACUUUGUAGCCCAGGCUGGUCUCGAACUUGCAAAGAUCCUUCUGCCUCAGCCUCCCGAGUGUCUGUUUUGUUUUUUAAUUGGGCCAUCCUAUGUCCUAGGUUGUCCUUGAAAUAUGUAGAUCCACUGGCUUCAAAUUUAUGAUGCUCCUGCCUUGGCUUCCUAGAGUACCGGGACUGGUUACAGGCUUGCAUGACCAUUCCUGGCUUGUCUCUGUCUUUUUAGUUCUCUUUUCUUCUAUUUUUGUCGUCUUUAUGUUGUUAUUUUCUAGCAUAUUAUUUUAGUUUCUUUGUUCUUUUAUUAUUUUUUGGAAUUUUCUUAGAAAUGAACAUUAACAUUUUAUAACAGUGUACUUUAAAUUUUCAAAAAUAUAUAAUAAAUUUCCCACACACAAUUUUGUUUUGAGACAGGAUCUCAUUUAGUAUUUAGAUCUUUGAUUCAUUUUGCUUUAGUUUAGUCCAUGGUGAAAUACAGGUCUAGAUUCAGUCUUUUGCAUGUGCAUUCCCAGCAGAACUGCUAAAGAGGGUAUCUUUCCUCCAAUGUUUGUUUUUUGGCUUAUCUGUCAAAGAUCAGAUAGCUGAAUGUGUCUAGGAUUGUUUCUGUAUUUUCUAUCUUGUUCCAUUGAUCCACGUUUGUUUUUGUGUGAGCACCAUGCUGUUUUUAUUAUUGUAGCUUCAUAGUGUAAUUGAAACCUAGGAUUGUGAUGCCUCUUCUUUGCUUUGUUGCCCGUGAUUACUUUGCUAUUUCUGGAUCUCUUAUGAUUCCAUAUGAAUUUUAGGAUUGUUUCUCUAGUUCUGUGAGGAAUGCUGUUGUUAUUUUAAUAGGGAUUGCAUUAAAUCCAAAUACCCAUUUUAAGGGGCUGGGGAUUUAGCUCAGUGGCAAAAGUGCCUGCUUUGCAAGCGCAUGGUCGUGAGUUCGAUCCCCAGUACCGAUAAAAGAAAUUUUUUUAAAAAGGUGUCACAAAUACUCAUUUUGGAAGUUUGGACAUUUUGACAUUUUUGGUUCUGCCUAUCCAGGAAUAGUAGAUGUUUUUUCAUUUUCUGAUGUGUCUUUGUUCUACUUUUCCAGAAUACUGUAGUUUUGGGGUUAGUGGUUAUUGUUUGGUUUUUGAUUUUUUUUGUUUGUUUUGUAGUGGGAAUUAAACACAGGACCUUGUGCUUGCCAGGCAGGCACUUGUGCCAUUGAGCUAUAUCCGCAGCCCUAAAGUACUGUAGUUUUUGUUAAAGAUGUCUUUCACUUGUUGGUUAGGUUAAUUCCUAAGUAUUUAACUUUUCUUGAUGCUAUUAUGAAUGGUAUUGCUCCCUAAUUUCUUUUUCAGAGACUUACUUUAGAUUCAAAGACACAUAUAGAAUGAAAACAGAACAAUGGAGGAGCUGAGGGUAUAUUUCAGGGGCAGAGUUGUGGCCCUAACAUGCACAAGGCCAUGGGUUUGAUCUGUACGAUACACUCACUCACACACACACUCACUCACACACACACACACACACACACACACACACACACACACACACAGAAAGAAGAAAGUAGGAGAGAAAAGUAUUCCAUGCCAACAACAAAUAAAAGGAAUAGUUGUACUGAUAAUAGACAAAAUAGGCUUUAUGAAAGAUUGUUACCAGAAACCAAAAAAUGGUGUUUUAUAAUAAUAAAAGCCAAGAGAUAGGGGGAGGAGGAGGAGAUAUAAAAAUAAUUAAGAUGUGCUAUGUACACAUAUCAGCUCCCUAUGAAUGUAAUCAUUAUGUGUGGCAAACAUGUAGUAAUAAAAAUAAAAAUUAUAAUAACAAGC